GUCGCUUCAUUGCUGCUUUAGCUCCGGACCUGACGAAGCAGACCGUCGCCGCCCGCUCUUUUCCGCCCCCACCGUAUUCCACGUCACCACCUUCAUCAUGGACGACUGCGUGCAAGCCGCCGCCAACUCUGGCAUGUUCGCACUGUGCUCGGAGCCGACGCUUCGCCAGAUCUGUGCGCGCGCCAAAGCCGUGACGUACCCUAAGAACGCCGUCGUAUACCGCCAGGGUGAGACGCAGAGCGAGAUGCUGCUGCUCAAGGAAGGUAGCGUGGAAACCACCAAGAUCAUCGAGGGCCAAGAACACACACUCGACGUGAUGACCAGCGGCGCCGUGAGCGCUAACCAUGCGCUCGUACAAGACCCCGCGGCUGUGACGGUACGCUGUCUCACUCCCGUGUCGGGCUUCUCGCUGCAGAGCUCUGCACUUGACGAGGUGCUCGAAGACAGAACCGCCUCGCGCGAGGUUAUGCACAGUCUGAGCAAAGAAAUCCGGCGACAGGCCUCGCUACUGCAGACGCCGCUGUUCGAGCAGCACGCCAAGCCCACGCCCUACUUCGCCACUUCCGUGGCUGCCUCCAUCGAGUCGUUCUACCGUAGUGGCAUGAACUCGCUGCUUAACGCUCGCCUAACGGGUCAACCCGUGGCCAGACUCUUCCCUGAGAUGCACCUGCAGAUCCCCACGCGUGUCGUGUACAUUAACGGGUUUAAGGGCAUCCGUCACCUGUUGGAGAAGAACGUGGACGCCGACCAGUACGAGUACCCGCUGUUAGUGCGCCUGACGGAGGCUGUGUCGCCCGGUGUCAUCAUGACGCCUGUAAGCAGCAUGCUGGAGGCCUUUAACGCUGGCCACAUGAACCCAGAGUCGCUGGCCACGCGCUGGAUCCGCGGUACGGCUCCACGUAUGUUGCGUGAGGUGAUUUUCGGUGUCGGUCUGAACCAGCUGUCCGACUACUUCGAGGAGCGUCUGUCCGUGACUGCGAGCCCCGCGCUGAACAAUGCCAUUGGAAGUAUGGCGGCCGGUGUCGUGUCCGGUUACCUGUCGCACGUGCCGCACAACCUGUCCACGAUGAAGCUCAUGCACCCGCAGAAGAGCUACGGCGAGCACAUGGACGACUUCAUUCGACGCGCGGAAGUGCGUGUGCCCAACACGGUAUCCCCCCGACAGCGUUACUUGGCAGCCACAGCGCUGGCGUUGCUGUUCCCUAAGGGCCUGACGGUGCGUACGUCGCAGAUCGUGGGCUCGUUCAUUAUCCUGAACGGCACCAUCAACUCUCUCAAGGACAUUGACUUCAACACGAUCAAGGGCUUCAUGUCGGGCUAAAUGUCCGACGACGACAUGUGACAAGGCGAGACUAUUAGGUAGCGACGCGUACGGUAAGAGGGCGCGCACUUUACUCCACUGCAACUUGGCAAGGCUCCGGUCGGGAAGGUGCGUGCGUGUACAGCUCAGUUCAACUUGACGCAGCCAGGCGAACUAGACCAGCGAAAGCAAGCGGCGAUUGGAUUGCGUAGAGCCGAAAGAUAACAUGACGGCAAUGGGGAAAGUAGAGCAGCCACGGCAGCCCCGAAUGAUACCAAUAUCAAACAAUACAAUGCAAGUUCAAGAGGAUGUUGGUAUUGCCACGUACAUUACGUCGAUGGGAUGGCUACGUGCAACCUCAAAUCAUGUUAAACCGAUCAUGUGAAUCAUCAACGUCAAGCAAGCAAAAGAAUGGACUGGCCAGCGCGUGCCAUUGCGUUUUUCGUGCUUUUUACCUCAUCAGCUCCAUUUGUGCCCCGUGCGAGCUGAUCGUUGGUGGAUUCACUCAUUCUUUUUGCAGAGUGGCGUCGGCUAGAGAAGGUGGAGGAAGUGGAGUCUCGAUUGGCAGCGGACACUCACGUACAAUACUCGAUCGCUGGACACGGCUUACAUACUGGUACGCGCGUAAGUGGCGGAAGAAUGUUGACGUGAAGAACGUCACGAUCCGCGCCACUUCCAUCGGCGAGAAUGGCGUUGGGAGUGAAGGCGUCUCUGUGUCUUGAGCUUUGUCAUUCUCAGACACCACGCCGCUGGCUUGCCGUAUCUUCUCGUGGAACUGCUCGUAGACAGCUUCCACCGACGGAUACGCGUCCGGAUCAACACGAAUCUCCGGUGUCGGAAUUGUAGUUACCGGGGCGGUCUCUGCAUCCUCGUGAGACUCCGCGUUCUGUGGCACCGGCUCAGAGAUCUUACUCACUGAUGAGUCUCCAUUAAUUGAGAAAGGAUCUGUUGCGAAGGUGUACACCUCGUGUGCAAGCGUGAGCAGCGCGAGAGCCUUUUCGGGAGGCAGAUGCGCUUCGUCCCGAGCGAAGUUGAGCACGCCGAAGCAGAAGUCCACCCACACGCAGGUACGUGGAUUCACAGGGUAGUGCUGCACUCCCAAUGCGCUUGUCAAUCGCUCUGCACGCUCCGCCGCCGACGCAGCAGCAUGAACCUGCUCCAACUGCUCCAAUGAGAUCAGCGUUCUUGGACCCGGUGGAUCUUCGACUGGAGUUGGCUGCUCCUCCACCACGACCAGUGUUGGCGGCGUCAGCUCUAUUGCCUUCCCCAUUUUUAUUAAAAAAAAAUAAUCACCGACCGUUCAAAACAUAAAAAAAACGUGCCAAAAGUUCAAAUUCAUUCACACGAGCACGAAAGAAAAAAAAUAAAAGCCGCAUCCAACG